AUGGAGACCAAACAACCUACUUCUAUUCUAGAAAAGUUUGUUGGUCAUUUCGGAUAUAAGAAUCUGAAAACAAUUGAUCCUAUUGGUUAUAGUGGUGGUAUGGCUCUUUUUUAUAAUCAAGAUGAUUUUCAGGUAUCGAUUUUAUUUGAGUCUAACAGAUUAAUCGAUAUUGAAGCGGUUUUCAAAGGCCGGAUUAUCCAUUUAACUUUCGUUUAUGGGGAUCCCGUCCCUAAGAAUCGGGAUAUGGUGUGGGAACGCCUUCUAAGAAUUAGCUCUAAUCGGUCCACCCCAUGGUUUUUGGUUGGGGAUUUUAAUGAGCUGACAGGGAACCAUGAAAAACGGGGGGGGGGGGAAUUACAUCAUCCUUUCUCUUUUCUUUCCUUUAAUGGGAUGAUUCGGGAUUGUGGCUUUUUGGAGUUUCCUUUUAUUGGUGAUUGUUUGUCUUGGAGGGGUUGGCGGGAUAAAAAACCUAUACGUUGUCGGUUAGCCAGAGCCUUAGGGAAUGAGGAUUGGCAUGAUUUGUUCCCGGAUACGGUGACGGAGUAUUUACCAAUGAUAGCCUCUGAUCAUAAGCCUCUAGUGGUUAAUAUUGGGGCUAAAAGGCCGCGGGGGAAGAGGAGUUUUAUGUUUGACCGCUGCUGGAUUGGUAAGGCGGGGCUGAUGGAUGCAAUAGCAUCGAGGUGGGAUAGGGAUUUGGAUCAGGACUCAGAUAACUUCGUGCAAAAAGUUGUGAAUUGUCGGAAGGCGGUUUCUCAGUGGCGUAAAUCACAAGUCCCAUACGGUAGGGAAACCAUUGAGGACUUAAAGCGGCAGUUGGAGGUGGCUCUGGCAGAUGACUCAAUUCCUCCUUCUACAAUCUCGGAAUUGCAGAAUCGUUUACGUCAAGCGUAUGGGGAUGAAGAGAUCUACUGGUAUCAAAAGAGUUGGAGUAAAUGGAUGAAAUUGGGGGAUAAGAAUUCCAAAUAUUUCCAUGCCUUAACAAAGCAGAGACGGGCUCGUAAUCGGAUUACUGGUUUGUUUAAUAGGGACGACAUCUGGUCCACUGAGGAUGUUGAUAUCUGUCACACGGCAGUCUCAUAUUUUGAAGAUUUGUUCACUUCAACAAAUCCAGAAAAUUUUGAGGAGGUCCUAAGGGAGGUCAAUACUGUGAUUACUGCCGAGGAUAAUGAGUGGCUCACAGGACCUGCUACGGAGGCUGAGGUCAAAUCUACUUUAUUUACGAUGCAUCCGGAUAAAGCCCCAGGCCCAAACGGGAUGACAGCUUUAUUUUUCCAAAAAGCAUGGGAUAUAGUUAAGACGGACCUUGUGGAUUUGGUUAAUAGGUUUUUAGUGGAGAGAGUUUUUGACAAGGACCUCAAUCGGACUCAUAUUUGCCUUAUUCCGAAGGUGGCAAAGCCAACUCGAAUGGCAGAAUUACGUCCGAUUAGCCUGUGUAACGUUGGGUAUAAGAUCAUUUCUAAGAUUUUAUGUCAGCGACUAAAGAGGGUUUUACCUGGUCUUAUCUCCGAGACUCAAUCGGCUUUUGUUCCGGGUCGGCUGAUCUCGGAUAAUAUCCUUAUUGCUCAAGAGAUGUUUCAUGGCUUGCGUACAAACCCGUCUUGCAAAGGGAAAUUUAUGGCCAUCAAAACAGACAUGAGUAAGGCAUACGAUAGGGUUGAGUGGGAUUUUGUGGCAGCUCUGUUACAGAAGAUGGGGUUUGCAGAGUCAUGGGUUUCAUGGAUAAUGUUUUGUGUCACUUCAGUCGAGUAUAGGGUUCGUAUUAAUGGCCAGCCGAAUGGUUUGAUAGUGCCACAGAGGGGGUUGCGACAAGGUGAUCCUUUAUCUCCUUAUUUGUUUAUUUUAUGCACAGAGGUGUUAAUUGCUAAUAUACGGAAAGCAGAGAGGGAGAAGCUUAUUACAGGGAUAAAAGUGGCGAACAAAUGUCCGCCAAUUACGCAUUUGUUGUUUGCCGAUGAUAGUCUUUUCUUCUGUAAGGUGGACAGAGGACAAUGUCGGGUUAUCUUAGAUAUUCUAAAACAAUAUGAGUCUGUUUCGGGUUUACCCGAAAGUUUGGGUGGGGCUAAGACCAAGGUUUUCUCUUUUGUUCGGGAGCGGAUUCAAAGUCGGACGAAUGGUUGGACGGCAAAUUUGCUUUCAAAAGGGGGAAGGGAAGUGAUGAUUAAAUCUGUUGCAACUGCUGUUCCAACGUUUGUGAUGUCUAGUUUUCGGUUACCAAAAACAAUUACAUCCAAGCUUACCAGUGCAGUGGCAAAUUUUUGGUGGAGUACAAAUGGUCAGACAGGGGGCAUGCAUUGGCUUGCCUGGGAGAAAUUAUGUGUUAGCAAACAGUUGGGUGGUCUUGGUUUUAGGAAUGUGGAUGACUUUAAUUCGGCAUUACUGGCCAAGCAACUUUGGCGUCUGAUAGACGUUCCAGAGUCUUUGUUUGCCAGGGUUUUCAAAAGUAGGUAUUAUAGGAAUACGCAUCCGUUGGAUCCAAUUAGGUCAUACUCUCCCUCCUAUGGAUGGAGGAGUAUAUGUUCUGCUCGCUCUCUGGUUAAUAAAGGGCUUAUUAAACGGGUUGGUUCUGGGGACACCAUUUCUAUAUGGUCAGAUCCUUGGGUACCAGCUCAAUUCCCGAGACCAGCUUCCAGCAAGGGGCCGUUAAAGGACCCUUCUCUUCAAAUGAAUCAAUUAAUUGAUCGACAAAAUAAUUCUUGGCGUCUGGAUAUGCUCAAUGAGCAUUUUGAUCCACUUGAUGUUGCAUUAAUCAGGGCUAUUCCGUUGGGUGGUAACCAAAGGGAUGAUCCCUUCGGUUGGCAUUUCACGAAAACUGGGAACCACUGGUUAUGGCCCGGAAAUUACCCCCUACUCGCUAGUGUGUGGAGGGCUCGUUGCCCACCUAAGAUCCAGCAUUUUAUGUGGCAGGUCUUAUCUGGUUGUAUUUCGGUUUCGGCAAAUUUGGGACGACGGGGUAUUGCUUGUGAUGUACGGUGCGUACGAUGCGGCGCGGAUUCGGAGACAAUAAAUCAUGCCAUCUUUGUGUGUCCUCCGGCCCGUCAGGUUUGGGCGCUAGCAAAUGUGCCGGUGGGACCUAAUUCCUUCCCGACGGAAUCAGUAUAUGCAAAUGUUGAUCACUUUUUAGGGCAGCAGAAUCCGGGAGCCCAUAUUGCGGCUUUCCCUUGGCUUAUGUGGUUUAUUUGGAAAGCAAGGAAUGCACGUGUCUUUGACAAUAUUGCCGAAAGGCCAGAGGAUAUUGUUAGGGUAGCAGAGGGUGAAGCUGCAGCAUGGCAGCAGGCUCAGAUAGAGGAUGAUCUAGUGACCAGUCCCACCUUUCCAGUAGUUUCGGAGUUGCCAGUUAGGGUGCCUACGGUUUCCCUUCCUUCGGUCUUUUCAGGAUAUCGAUGCUUCAUAGCUGGAUCUUGGAAAGCAGGGGAUUUGUAUGCAGGUGCUGGUUGGUGUUGUACCUCGAUCCAGACAACGUUGCCGUUUUUGGGUGCCAAGAAUUUCAGGCGAAGUCUAUCUCCAUUACAUACUGAAGUUGAAGCGUUCCUUUGGGCGAUGCGCUGCAUGAUCGGCCAUGACUUCAGAGAGGUGGCUUUUUAUACUGACUGCUCAGACUUGGUGAAGAUGGUGUCUUCUCCUUCCGACUGGCCAGCGUUCUCGGCGUACCUUGACGACAUCAAGACUGAUAGGGAGGAAUUCUCUUCCUUUUCUUUAUCUUUAAUUCCUAGAAAUGCUAAUUUAAGGGCGGAUUCUUUGGCACGCCAAGCGUGUACAUCUCCGCACCAAGUAUUGUUUGUAAACGAUUUUCCUACCAAUUAG